AAAAAAUGUAUAUAUAUACUUUAGACUGUUUAGCUUUUUUUUUAAUUGUGUUCUUAAUUCACUUAUUGCACCUUUCAGAAAGUACAGAAAUUCCACCUUACCUGACUAAUUGUCCCAGCAAUGGGCUUUGCAGUAGACUGCCACCAGACUGCAUGACAUGUAACACAAACUAUUCCUGUAUAUAUGGGAAGACAGCAACUUUUGAUUGCAAAGUCAAGCCGCAUGUUCACUGUGUUGAUGAGAAUAACCACGAGCAGGAGAACUUUACAAUUAACAUGACGUGCCAGUUUUGCUGGCAGCUUGCCACAAGUGAUUAUGUCUGUACCAAUUCCACAAACUGCAUGACAGUUUCCUGCCCUCGGCAGCGAUACAAUGCAACUUGCACAGUCCGGGAUCACAUUCAUUGUUUAGGUAAGGUGGGCAAGGCUGGAGUUCUCUAAAGAAUUUUCCACAUACUCUGUAAUGGGUGAAUUCAAAGAUUGUUUGUGUCCUUUUGCAAUAAUAACUUGCUCUGUGAUCAAUCUACUGAAUUUUUUAUUGUUGCAUUUCAUUUUUUAGCGUAAUAGCAACAUCUAACUGCAAACAUUGGCUUA